AUGGCGCGCCGCCACCUCGCCUACCCCCUCCACCUCCCGCUCCUCUCCCGCAAUCCCGGCGCGCCCACACGCACGCUAUGCGCCUCCUCAUCCACCCACGAGGCCCCAGCCCCCGCCGUCGAGGCUCCGGCGGAGAAGCCGGCUGAGGCGGAGGCGGCGGCCCCCUCGCCGUCGAUGCCCACAAACCCGCCCCGGCGCGAGGAGCCACUCCACGAGACGAUCCUGGACAUGAUCCGGCGGCGUCCGUGGACGACGCGGCUGGAGAACUCGGUCCGCCUGCUCUCGCCCACGCUCGACGCGCCGCUGGUCCACGGCGUCAUCUCCGGGGCGGCGUCCGCGGGGCGCGCCGACCUGGCCCUCCAGUUCUUCCGCUUCGCGUACCGCCGGGGCGGGUUCCGCCCGGAGGGCGGCACGUUCGCGCUGCUUGUGCCGGCGCUCGCGUCCCGCCGCAUGCUCAACCACGCGCGCUGCCUCGUCCUCGACACCAUGCCGUCUUUCUCCGUCGCGCCCGACGAGCCCACGCUCGCCGCGCUCAUCGCCGCCUACGGCAGGGCCGCCAUCCCGCAGGAGGCCGUCAAGCUGUUCCGGAUGAUGCCCGACCUCGGCGUCCCCCGCACGGCGCUCUGCUACAACGCCGUCCUCAAGGCCAUACUCUGCCGCGGACGCGAGGCCAUGGCCAGGCGGAUCUACAACGCCAUGAUCGCGGACGGGGUGGCGCCCGACGUGUCCACCUACAACACGCUCAUAUGGGGGUUCGGCCUGUGCAAGAAGAUGGAGACCGCAGUCAGGGUGUUUGGGGACAUGAAGGGCCAUGGGGUGACGCCUGAUGUCACCACCUACAACGCCCUGCUGAAUGCCUGGGUGCGCGCCGGUGAUCUGGAGAGUGCGCGCAAGGUGUUUGAUGAAAUGGCUGGGGAGCGGAUCCAGCGGAACUCGGUUUCGUACAAUGUCAUGAUCAAGGGGUACGUGGAGGGCGAUAGGGUGGACGAGGCAGUGGCUUUGUUCGCUGAGAUGGGCGAGAAGGGUUUGAGGCUGAGUGAGAAGACGUUUGCUGCGUUGAUGCCAGGGCUUUGCGAUGACCAGGGCAGGGCAGCGGAGGCCCGGAAGGCAGUGGAUGACAUGGCGGAGCGGAGGCUCACGCCGAAGGACAAGUCGGUGUUUCUGAGGCUUGUGACGACACUGUGCAAGGCUGGGGACUUGGAUGGGGCGCUGGAGGUGCACCGGAAGAGUGGACAGUUCAAGCAUGUGCUGGUGGAUCCAAGACAGUAUGGAGUGCUGAUGGAAGGCCUUUGCACAGGUGGCAAGUCCGAAAUGGCUAUUGAGGUGCUAGAUGAGCUUAUGGAGAAGGGCACCUUGCUGAGUCCAAAGAGUCCUGUGCUUGAAGCAUCGGCUUAUAACCCAGUGAUCGAGUACCUGUGCAGCAAUGGCAGCACCGCCAAGGCUGAGACAUUCUUCAGGCAGCUGAUGAAGAAAGGUGUGGAUGACAAGGCUGCGUUCAACAGUCUUAUCCGUGGACAUGCAAAAGAAGGCGUGCCGGAGGCGGCGCAGGAGAUUCUUGCCAUUAUGACACGCCGCGAGGUCCCAACUGACCCUGAAUCACAUGUGCUCCUAGUUGAUAGCUUCCUGAAGAAGAAUGAGCCCGCUGAUGCAAAGACGGCAUUGGACAGCAUGAUGCAACAUGGUCACUUGCCAAGCCCAGCUCUGUUCAAGUCUGUCACGGAGGCACUGUUCAAUGAUGGUCGGGUUCAGACCGCAAGCAGGGUCAUGAAGAGUAUGAUUGAGAAGGGGGUUACUGAGAACAUGGACGUGGCACACAAGAUACUGGAGGCUCUCUUCAUGAGGGGCCAUGUGGAGGAGGCAAUCGGCCGUGUCAAUCUGAUGGUGGAAAAUAGCUGUAUGCCUGAUCUAGAUAAGUUGCUGGUUGGUCUUUGUGAUAAUGAUAGAGUGAUGGAGGCGCAGAAACUGGCUGAUUUUGCGUUGGACAGGGACUUCGAUGUUAGCUUCUCGACCUAUGACAGAGUUCUGGAGGCCCUGUACGCUGAAGAAAAGACGUUGCCUGCGUACUCCAUGCUGUGCAAGAUCAAGAACAAAGGAGGUGUUGUCAGCCAGAAAGGUUGUGAUGAUUUGAUGGAGAGCUUAAAAUCUGAAGGAUACUCAAAGCAAGCAGAUAUUUUGUCUAGGAUCUUGGCAGAGAAUGCACAGUCGAUGUCCAAGAGGGGCAAAAGGGUUGCCAUGGGUGCUUAG